AUGCUUGUCCGCUCGCUGCCACCGUCUCACUCGCUUCUGGCACGGGCUGCCCUCGUCCCACCACGCCUGCGACACUCUCCCCACCCGCUCGCGAGUCAUGCGCGCACACAUGCCACCGCCGUCUCCGUCAACGGCUUUUCCCAGCUCAAACCCACCCGUUAUGGCCAGCCACUCCCCAAGUCCCAUCCGCACCUCAUACGCGACCAUGAAACCACGCCGGGGAUCAAGCAAUCAGAGUACGAUAGGAGACGGAGGGAGCUGAUGAAGGGACUGCCGGACGGGAGUGUCGUCGUGUGCGUGGCGGGCCAGGUGAAGUACAUGAGUGGACAGAUCUUCUACAAGUUCCGCCAGUCGUCCGACUUCUGGUACCUCACCGGCUUCGACGAACCCGACGCCGCGCUUGUGCUCGAGAAGCGGCCGUCCAGCCCGCGCGGGUACUACAUGUACAUCUUCUCCACCGGUACGGACCCUAUGAAGGAGAAGUGGGACGGGGCGAAGACUGCGCCCGACGACGUGAUCAAGUUCUUCGGCGCGGACGAGGCGGAGCCCAUCGCCGCGCUGCCCUGUGUGCUGAAGAGUGUCACCGCGAUCGCGUCGGCCGUGUACAUCGACGUGCCGAACCAUUCCAAGAGGUCGCGCGCGGUGUCGCCAAAAACGUUGCUGAAGUACCUUACCCCGGGCAGCAUGUCGCGCACGGAGUACGACUCCAUCCUGGACUCGUUGAGCGCGUCGAAACGUAAACCACUUGCACCUGAGAUUGGCCGUCUGCGCGCGGUGAAGAGCGAGGCUGAGCAGGCGGUUAUGCGGCAGGCGGCGGACAUAAGCGCGAACGCGCACAACAAAACCAUGAGGUUCACCGAGCCUGGUAUUUCCGAACAUGCCGUCGCCGCGCACUUCGAGUACCUCUGCGCCCGAGAAGGGUCGCAACGUCCCGCAUACGUCCCCGUUGUAGCAUCUGGCCCCAACGCACUCAUUAUACACUACACAUCAAAUAAUCAACUAAUCGCGGACCACGAGAUGGUCCUAAUCGACGCAGGCUGCGAAUACAACGGAUACGCCUCAGACAUCACUCGUACCUUCCCCGCCAACGGAAAAUUCACCCCCGAGCAAGCCGCCCUAUACACCGCCGUGCUCGAGGUCCAGAAGCACCUCAUCACGCUCUGCACGGAGGAGGCCGACAUGUCCAUCAUGCACCUCCACCGCGAGUCGUCGAGCAAGCUCCGCCGGGAGCUCGACCGGAUAGGUUUUAACUUCCCGCUGGGCUCAGGCUCCUUGGACACGCUGUACCCCCAUCUGGUGGGGCACCCGGUUGGGAUUGACCUACACGAGUCUAGUCUGACGAACACUAACGCACCGGUGAAGGCGGGCAUGGUCAUCACCAUUGAACCGGGCGUCUAUGUGCCUCCUUUACCGGAGUUCCCCAAGCACUUCCACAACAUCGGCAUCCGGAUAGAGGAUGAGGUGGUGGUUGGCAAGAAACGCCCGGUGGUCCUAAGUGUCAACGCUCCUAAGGAGAUUGCGGAUAUCGAAGGGUCUUGCCAGGGUGCACUAGGCCUUAUGCCUUUCUGA